AUGCUCCUACAACAUCAUCUCUCCUACGACAACCACAACUUCAGCUCCAACGACAACAACUGUCGCUCCUACGACCACCACAACUGCAGCACCUACAACAACUGUAGCUCUUACGACCACAACUACACCACCUACUUCAACAACCGCUGCAGCAUCUCACCUACUACGACAACUACAACCGAAGCUGCAACGACAACCACAACUUCAGCGCCUACUACGACAACUACAACACCUACAACACUUACUACGAAAACCACAAUACCUACUACGACAUCCACAACUGCAGCUCCUACGACAACCACAACUGCUGCUCCAACGACAACAACUGUAGCUCCUACGAACACCACAACUGUAGCACCUACAACUACAACUGUUGCUCCUACGACAACAUCUGUAGCUCCUACGACAACAACAACUGCAGCACCUACUUCAACAACCACUGCAGCUCUUACAACCACUACACCAGCAGCACCUACAACGACAACUACAACUGCAGUUCCUACAACAACAGCAACUGAUGCUCCUACGAUAACCACAACACCUACUACGACUAUUACAACAGCAGCACCUAUAACAACUGUUGCUUCUACGACAACAACGAUAUAUCCUACUACCACUACAACUGCAGCAACUACUACGACAACCACAACACCUACUACGACAUCCACAACUGUAACUCCUACGACAACCACAGCUGCAGCUCCAACUACAACAACUGUAGCUCCUACGACCCCCACAACUGCAGCACCUACAACAACAACCACUGCAGCUCCUACUUCAACAACUACUACAGCUCCUUCACCAACCAUUGCAGCUCCUACAUCAACAACCACUGAAUCUCUUACUGCUACAACCACUGCAAUUCCUACUUCGACAACCACUGCAGCUCCUACUUCAACAACCAUUGCAGCUUCUACUUCAACAACCACUGCAGCUCCUACUUCAAUAACCACUGCAGCUCCUACUUCAACAACCACUGCAGCUCAUACAACCACUACAACAGCAGCACCUACUAAAACAACUACAAAUGCAGCUCCUAUGACAACCACAACUGCAGCUCCCAUUACAACACGUUUAGAUCCUACAACCACUACAACAGAAGCACCUACAACGACAACUGAAGCUCCUACGACAACCACAACAAAAGAAACACCUACAACAAAAACUGUAGUUUCUACGACAACAAAUAUAUCCCCAACAACUACAACGUCCUUUGACAACCACAACUGCUGCUCCAACGACAACAACUGUAGCUCCUACGACAACAUCUGUAGCUCCUACGACCACUACAACUGUAGCACCUACUUCAACAACCACUGCAGCUCUUACGACCACGACACCAGCAGCAUCUACUUCGACAACUACACAUGCAGUUCCUACAACAACUGA